UUUACACUAGAAUACUAUAGUCUAUUAGUCUAUAAGUAUGAAAGUGUCGUAAGAAUAAGUUCUAUUGUUUUAAUAAUUUAUAACAUUUUAUGAUAUUCUGGCCUUUUGUUGUUUCCAAAAUAUUUGUCUAAAUAUUAAUCUAGAAUAUUUAAAGCUGUACAUUUAAUUUAUUGUGCUUUAUUUUAUUAAUUAUUAAUUGACUAUGUCAUAUUUGGGGCUUGAUGAUCAGGCAGAAACUAUUAAGAAAUUCGAAGAAGAUAUGAAAUAUGUGAAUUCCAAAAUGAAAAUGAUUGACUUAAAACUAUCAUCUAUUCAUCCAACUAACAAUGAAUAUAUUAGUAAACUUAAAGAUACAUCUAAUGUAAGUAGUGUACACAAUUUAAAAGAUAAAGAAGUUGAAAAGAAAACUGGAGAACUUCCCGACUCUACGGCUAAAACUUCAUACAGCGACACAGUACGCCAAAACAUAAAUUUACCAUGUGAAAUAUCCGAAGUUACUACAGUGUCUGACCACAACACAUUUUCAAAACUGAAGGGAUCUCAAAUUGGUACGAAUAAUGUAGUCAGUAUGAAUAAAGAAAUGGUCAAGAACGACUUUGUGAAUGCGUCUACGUUGAUUUAUAAAGCAAAAAAGAAGGCCAGAGAAACUGAUUUGUAUUUAAAAAAGCUACAUGAAAAAGUAUUGCCAAGAUGUCAGUCUGCAGAUAUCACAAGUGACAUAGUUAAAAGAGACAUAUAUGCAGAUAUUCCAUCAAAAAUGACACGGAAACUUCAACCUGAUUUUAAAGAAAAAUUGGGUAAAAAUAUCCAUACAAAUAAUGAAAAUCCAAAAAUAAUUUCGAAAUCUAAGUCUUUAACUCAAGAAAAACGUGUUCAUUUUUACAAUUCUCCGGGAAAUUUAGGUAAUACGAACAAUCAUCAUCAAAAUCUUCACAAUUCUUCUGAAUCAACUGAAUUGUUACUAAAAAAUGUUUGCCAAAACAAUGUUAGUAUAACGAACGUGCAUUUUGAGGAUAAUAUUUCCGAUGGAAAAAAUACUAAUGAUUGUAAAGUAAACAAAUUGACGGUGCAGCGAAUUCCUUGUGUUAAUUUAAAACCUGAUCUAGUCACUCAAAAAUUAGCUAACAUUCAAAUAAAACCAGAUAAUAAAAAUCUAUUACGUAAUUAUAAACCAAAUGUGGCCUAUCAAGAAUUCGCUUUUGGAUUAGAAUCGGAAACUUGCAAAUGCCAUUCAGUAGUUCAACCAAAAAUAUCUAAUGACAAAAUAGUUGCUCGUCAUGAAAUACGCAAAAUUAUUUGUGGAAUGUUAGAUAAUACGUCUAAUUAUCCUUUAAGCGAUCGAUUAAUUAGUCAAUUACAGAAAAUAAUAAUCACUAUGGAAGAAACAAAACCCUUGGAGUUUAACGGUUCAAGUGAAGUAGAUGAUCUUAUUGAAGAACACAGUAUGGUUGGUUUUAGUGAAGAAGUCAUAAAAAAAAGAAUAUUGGAUAUAGCCGAUAAUUUAGUAGAGAAUGUCAGUGAUGAUAACAUUGAUUUUUCAUUUGACCAAAUGUCUGUAGAAAUUGAAAAUAGUUCUCGUCAAGUGUUAAAACGACUAACUAAAAUUAAAAACACCAUUGUGGCUUUGAAUCCAUUGGUAGAAUUUCCAAAUUUGUCCGCAGAUAAUAAACUUGAUGAUACGGCAACAUAUGUUGACGAAAAUCUUACAAAUUAUCAUCCUAACAAUAUUUUAAUCUCAAAAGAUCAUCAUGAUAUACCAGCAACAGAAUCAACUGAAUGUGUCAGUAUAAAAGAUUUUUUGUGUCAUGGUUAUAAUUUCUCAAGUUUGAAAUUGUUUAAAAAUUCAUCAAUUUUAAAGGAAUAUGGUUCUCAAAUCACAUUAUGCUCCAACGACAACAUAAAUCAAAAUCAAAAUAUAUUUAAGACUCAAAAUAAUUUGAACAAUCAAAACAAUAUAUCUCUAUUAAAAAAGCAUCAACUAAAAUUCAAAAAUAAAAUUCAAAACCAAAGUACAUUACUUGAACAUUCUGUAUCAUCUCAACCUCAAUCAAGCCAUUCAAGUAUAAUAUUAAAUCAUCAACUGAAACCAUCUGAUAAUGAAAAUCAAAAUAAUUACAAAGAUAAUGAUUAUACAACUACAACUUAUGCAUAUGAUUUGGAAGCUGAAAAUAGUUCGAAGAUAAAUUCAGAUAUAAAUAGAGUUAAUAAAACCAAUGAUGACUUGAUAUUAACUAAAAACAAUCAAUUAACUAAAUAUGAAAAGGAUAGAAACACAUUAGAAAUGACUACAAAUGGUGAACAUUUACCGAUCAAUGAUACCAGUAAGGAUUAUUGUAGUCUAAAAUCAAAUACACAAGAUUGGCAAUUAAAUUCUUUAUCAAUUGCAGCAUCGAUAUCUAAUAAUUAUCAACAAACCAGUAAAGUUCACUGUAUAAACAAAAUAACACAAAAUUCUGAUUCAACUACUUCUUCAAUGAUUUCAUUGAAACAGUCUACUCAAGAAGUUGAAAGUGAAGCAGAAAGUUCAACUAGUCUUGGAGAAGUUAACUAUUUUUCUAAAUGAUCCACAAAGUAUUCUUCAGCUGGAGAAGUUAAACAUAAAUAAAUACUUUAAUUUAAUUCAAAAGUUCAAAAAAAUAAUUAUGAUUUACUUGGCAUAAAAUA